GGGAAGUACAAAGACAGUCUGAGAGCGCCCCCGAAAAGCUCGUCGCGGCGCUGAGGGUAAUGGCGUCCCUCUCCCCGCCGCGACGAUUAUGGAGCCGACGAGAGAACGCUGCAAGAAUUUCCAGUACUGCGAAAAUGUCCUUAGUUGGUUACCGAAGACAGGCUCGACCUUUUCGGGAAUGGCGAGGCGGUGGUGGUGGGUGUGCUCGUAGUGUAGGUGGUGGUGGUGGUGGUGGUGUACGUUGUGUUGGUUUCUCCCUUUGUUGUUCUCUUCUCUCUCCCUCUCGUUAUUGAUUCGUUCCAAGCUCUGCAUUUAAUUCCAGUCAAUUCUUUUUCAUGCUUUUUUCAAUAUUCCAGCCGCCUUUUCCUCCACCAACUCGUAUGGAAACUCAGUAAGAAAAAAAAAAAGAAAAAGAAAAAAGCAAGUAACAAGGCAGUAUAAAUAAAUAAAAAGUUUCGCCUACAAUACCGAGACUCGCCCGCCACGGAAUCCCAUUUUCUCCGCUUGUUCUCCUUUUUCUUUCAAGUGAGGCAGGGCACGCACUAACGAGUCCUUGCUUUUUCCACUCCGCGCAGGAUCACGAAGCGUCUCCUGAAAUAAUCGGAUGUAAUUACCUCAUGGCCAGCAAAGCUCCGCCAGUUGUCGGAAGAAGCGCCGCUUUGACAUCGUGAGGUUCAUCUGUUUGAAGUUGCGCAGUCGCAAGAAUUUGAAUUGAAGAAGGGAACGCCUGCUUAUUUAGAGCUACAACAGACUUUACUCUUGCUAUGAAGGACUUCCACACAAAGUUCACCAGGAGAAGGACCCUUCGGGCCAUCAGCGAAAGGCAGCGAGUGACCCUGGACGUCAUCCAGAGGAAAGCCUUCAGGUUGUUGAGAAAUGAGCCAAGAAUCUUCAGGGAGACCGCAUCAAACAGUAUGCUCAACGCUAAGACCUAUACAUAUCUAGUGCCUGGGUUCCUGCCCUGUCCAUCGUCAUCCAUUAGCGACGGCGUUAAGGCCGGCCUCAUCUCAGCCUCAUGUCGCAGCAAGCAUCCUUCAUCUCCUUACAUCAACAUUAUCUCAACACCGACCGGACAAGACAUUCGCUGACUUAGGCCUCGUCCUGAUCCUCGCCCUCACCGCCAGGUCCUUUCCUUCCUCAAUGACAAACUCGCGUGCACAACAACAUCUUCUUUCACCCGCCUGAUGGUAACAAUGUGUAUGUAUGUGUAUGCAUGUAAUUAACGUUAAUUUAUAUCUUUUUGUGUGUGAUUAUGUAUAUCUUUGAAAACGAUCAUUCACAUCAAAGCGUGAUUGCUCUCUGUGUGACAAUGGCUCAACUCAAGCAAGUCUGCACGAGCUGCGGCUCAACACACUUUGCUACAAAAUGCAAAUGUUACAGUAAUUCUUGUAUUAAUAUUAUAAAGCAAUAAACUUUACUUACUUAGCUACACACACACACACACACACACACACACACACACACACACA